CGCCCGGUCCCGCCCGGUGCCGCCGCUCCCCGCUCCGGUGCCCGCUCCGCUGCCGCCGCGCCAUGAGCAGCUCCCAGUUCAACAAGGGCCCGUCCUACGGCCUCUCCGCCGAGGUCAAGAACAGGCUCGCCCAGAAGUACGACCCGCAGAAGGAGGCAGAGCUGCGGACGUGGAUCGAGAGCGUCACCGGGCAGCAGAUCGGGCCCGAUUUCCAGAAGGGGCUGAAGGAUGGAGUCAUCCUCUGCGAGCUGAUGAACAAGCUGCAGCCCAACGCGGUGCGGAAGAUCAACCGCUCGGCUCAGAACUGGCACCAGCUCGAGAACCUCUCCAACUUCAUCAAGGCCAUGGCCAGCUACGGCAUGAACCCCGUGGACCUCUUUGAAGCCAACGACCUCUUUGAGAGCGGGAACCUGACGCAGGUGCAGGUGUCGCUGCUGGCGCUGGCGGGCAUGGCCAAGACCAAGGGGAUGCAGAGCGGCGUGGACAUCGGCGUCAAGUACUCGGAGAAGCAGCAGCGGAACUUUGACGAGGCCAAGAUGAAGGCCGGGCAGUGCGUGAUCGGGCUGCAGAUGGGCACCAACAAGUGCGCCAGCCAGUCGGGCAUGACGGCCUACGGCACCCGGCGGCACCUCUACGACCCCAAGAACCAGAUCCUGCCGCCCAUGGACCACUCCACCAUCAGCCUGCAGAUGGGCACCAACAAGUGUGCCAGCCAGGUGGGCAUGACGGCGCCCGGCACCCGCCGGCACAUCUACGACGCCAAGAUGGGGCUGGAGAAGUGCGACAACUCCUCCAUGUCCCUGCAGAUGGGCUCCAACCAGGGCGCCAACCAGAGCGGGCAGGUCUUCGGCCUGGGCCGCCAGAUCUACGACCCCAAGUACUGCCCGCAGGGCGGCCAGCCCGAGGGGGGCGACGCCGCCUGCGAGCCGGGCGCGGACCCCCCCGGGUACCACUACUACCACCAGGAGGAGAGCUGCUGAGCGGGGCCGUCCCGCGCCCUCCCGCUGCCCCCCUGCCGCCUUCCAGCCUCUCGCCAUCAUUCCCUCUUUUUUUAACUAUUUUUUUUGUUGUUAAUUUUAAAAAUGAAUUAUUUUUCGGAGCGGAGAAGCGACGCCGCCGUCGCUCGAGAAGGGACUGGCGGUGCUGCGCCCCGGGGCCGGGAGCAGCACCCUGCCUGAAACCCAAACUGGAAAUUGAUUUUUUUUGUUGGUUUUUGGAGAACUUUUGGGGACCAAGUGCCCGCCGCCUCCAGCCCAGCCCAGCUCAGCGCGGGGGGGUCCCGCUGCCACCGGGUGCCCGCAGCCUGGCUGCGCCCAGCCGCUGGCACAAAGCCACUGGUGGUGCUGGGAGCUGCUGGGAGCUGCCUGCGGCUGAGCCCCGCGGCCGCAUCCUGCCCUGGGGGGGCUCGGGCUGUAGGCGGGGGGCUUCUUCCAGCCGCGGGGGGGUUUUAAUGAAGAUGCUCUAAUAUUGAAA